AUGGCAACACCAGCAUUAAAGCAAGGACAACAUAUUAUGUUUUCCUACGGUUGGGAUAUUCAAAAAGAUGUGCUUGAAAUUUAUCAUCGUCUUCAAGCGCAUAAUAUUCCGGUGUGGAUGGAUAUACAAGGUGGUAUGAAAGAUUAUCUAACAGAGAGUAUGUCUGCAGCUAUUGAAAAUUCUGCUGCUGUUUGUUGUUUUAUUACAUCAAAAUAUCAAAGUUCACCGUAUUGUAAAAAAGAAUUACUCUAUGCUCAAGAUUGUCAAAAGAAAUUAAUACCGUGUUUGAUGGAUUCUGAUCCUACUUGGAAACCAACUGAAUGGCUUGGCUAUGCUAUUAUUGAUAUAAUGUAUAUUGAUUUUCGUGAUUUACUAACAAAUAAAACACCUGAAAAUUUAGACGCCAAAUGUGAUUUAUUAAUUAAACGUAUUAAACGGACAGUUGAUCCCGGUGCGUUAGAUAAUUUUCGUUUUUGUAUUCAUCUUCUUCCGAAUUACCUCGAUAAAAUAACAGGAUUAGCUUUGUCUGAGCGUGGUGCACCUGACCAUAUUAAUAUGUUCUUGAAAUAUUUUCCAUCAUUUACACUUUUCAAACAACUUCGUUCACUUUAUAUACAUUGCAGUGGAGGAUACAUUCAUUCAAAUCAUGUAGAAAAUGCUAUUCUCUCAUUGGUUGAUACGAAUAUCGAAGUUUUAUCAAUUAAAAUGAUAAAAGGAUCAUUAUUUCAUUCAUGGGGAAAAGUCGUUGAGACAAUAUUUACUUUUAAAACAUUGCAACGACUUUCGCUUACUCUUCCUCGUCAUUAUACAUACCAGAACGUUCAACUAUCUACUCUUUUAAACAUUGAAUAUUUGACCAUUACAGGUGUGCAGUGGGAUUGGUAUGUCUUAAUAACUUUCUCUAAAUAUAUGCCUUAUCUCAAAUAUCUUAAUAUCGAGGUGAAUGAUCAUCCAAUUCAAUUUCACUAUCUGUAUCCAUUAAAAGAAACAAAUCUUCCAUUUAUACCAAUGCUUAAACUUCGCACUUUAUUUUUGUAUCUUGAAUGUGGAAUUAUACUUGAUAUAUUAUUACAGUACAUUAAAUGUGCACCUAACCUACAUCGUCUUGCCGUAGAUGGGUUCUCCUAUACUUUUCAACUCGCGUAUUUGGCAGAGAUGGAUUGA